AUGCCACCGCCUAUCGCUGGCCUGCUUGAGCGAAAAGAAGACAUCAAACAAUGGAUCUGUGAGGAUGACUUGACCGUGCUCCAAGUCAUCGACAAGCUGAAAACUGAACACAAUGUCAUCUGUCAAAAGCGCACACUCGAGCGCUGGCUCAGGACAUGGAAGUUCUCCAGACGUAAUAAGCUGGACAAGCCUGCAUUGCACGAAGAAUUGACAAGACUCUUCCGCGGCCCGCACAUGACUGAUGAAGCCAUCUGCAAUCUCCUAAGUGAAUCUGGCUAUGUCGUCACCCGUCGCUAUGUCAUGGACACCAGAAAGAAACUCGGUCUCCACAAGCGCAUUCGUCCAGAGACAAGCGAGCAAGACCUACUUAAGACCAUCAACGAUCUGCUCAUCCAAGAGUAUAAGAAUGAAGAAGUUCUGAAAAUGCAUCGCGGCGAGCUGUACACGUAUCUUCGCCACAAGUAUCCUGACCUCAACAUCAUCGGAAGAGAUCGUGUUUACAACAUUGCCCGUGAGAUGAACCCUCAGCUGGCCCGACGCUACCCCAAGGGCCAUCCUUUGUAUCAAGGCCGUCCAUACAAGCUGACUGGCAAAAGGCUGGCCGCAAAGCUGGCUAAGGAUGCCGCCGAUGCAAACCUCAACCCUCCUGCUGACCAUGCUCAAGAUGAUCCUGCUUCAUAUGACACGACACACCCAUCUCCAUCAAUACACGGCUACGAUGUCGCUCAACCGCAUGAUACUGUUGUCGAUCGUUCGGUUGCCGUCCAAGACCCUCAGGCUGUCCCUGGCGACACACCUGCUUCUACCACCCAUCAGGCUUUGCACCCAUCCCUGAGACUCGAGUCUCUCGAGAAGGAGAACAAUGUUCUACAUCAAAGGCUGCAACAGCAAGAAGCAGAGAUACAGUAUAUGCGCCAAGCAUACCACGACCUCAUGCAAAGAUUCUCCAAUGUGCCUGCUCCCAAUUCUUUCCCGAGUUGA